AAACGCGCCGGCCCAUUUCGCAGCCUCACGUCUCCGAGACUCCGACUCCAGAGCCCCGGCGGCGGCCGUGCCGCGUCGCCGAUUGCCGCGAGCUCGCGAGAGGGGAGGGGAGAGGAGAGGAGGCGGCGGCGAUGUCGAGACAUUUCUGGAGGUGGUACGCGGACCGGCAGUUCCACAAGUGGGAGAAGACGGUGGUGUGGGACAUGGUGGAGCCGUACCGCCCGCCGCGCUCCUUCGCGCCGCUCGUCGGCACCUACGUCGCCGCCUUCUACACCGGCGUCGUCGGUGCCGCCGUCACCGAGCAGCUCUACAAGGAGAAGUACUGGGAGGAUCACCCAGGUGAGGCCGUGCCGAUCAUGCCGCCCAAGUUCUACUGGGGACCAUGGAGGGUGAUGAACGGAGAAGUUCCCCGCUUCAUCCAGCCGCCCGACGAGGCCAAGACGGCAUAGGACCUUCGAGUCUGGUCUGGAUAGAAACCCUUCAAAAUGAUCCAAAUCUUACUCUUCAUGCGGUCUUUUAUGUCUGCUCUCUAUAGAAAUCCUUCAAAAUGAUCCAAAUCUAUCUAUAUCACGGCACCUGUGAUCUUGAGGUGCUACUUCGUGUUACAGUGAUUCUUCUAAAUGAAUAAUAUAUCGUUGGUGCUUUGGUAU